AUGGCUAGCCAGCAGGAUUCAGGCUUCUUUGAAAUCAGUAUCAAAUAUUUACUGAAAUCCUGGAGCAAUACUUCUCCAGUUGGUAACGGAUACAUCAAGCCACCUGUCCCACCUGUUUCUGGUACACAGAGAGAAAAAGGACCUCCAGCCAUGUUGCCUAUCAACGUUGACCCAGACAGUAAACCAGGCGAAUAUGUCCUGAAGAGCUUGUUUGUUAACUUUACUACUCAGGCUGAACGCAAGAUUCGCAUCAUCAUGGCAGAACCUCUUGAGAAGCCACUGACCAAAUCUCUGCAACGAGGAGAAGACCCCCAGUUUGAUCAAGUGAUAAGCUCAAUGAGCUCGCUUUCAGAAUAUUGUCUACCCUCUAUCCUGCGCACUUUGUUUGAUUGGUAUAAGAGACAGAAUGGCAUAGAAGAUGAAUCUCAUGAGUACAGACCAAGAACAAGUACUAAAUCCAAAAGUGAUGAACAGCAGAGGGAUUAUUUAAUGGAGAGAAGAGAUCUGGCUAUUGAUUUUAUUUUUUCUUUAGUAUUAAUAGAAGUUUUGAAACAGAUUCCACUUCAUCCUGUAAUAGACAGUUUGGUACAUGAUGUUAUUAACUUGGCUUUCAAGCACUUUAAAUACAAAGAAGGGUACCUUGGUCCUAACACUGGAAAUAUGCACAUCGUUGCAGAUUUGUAUGCAGAAGUAAUAGGUGUCCUAGCUCAAGCAAAAUUUCCUGCUGUAAAGAAGAAAUUCAUGGCAGAGUUAAAAGAGCUACGGCAUAAAGAACAAAGCCCAUAUGUAGUUCAAAGCAUUAUCAGUCUUAUAAUGGGAAUGAAAUUCUUUCGCAUCAAGAUGUAUCCUGUGGAGGACUUUGAAGCUUCUCUUCAGUUUAUGCAGGAAUGUGCACAUUAUUUCCUUGAAGUUAAAGACAAAGAUAUCAAGCAUGCACUGGCAGGACUAUUUGUUGAAAUUCUUGUCCCCGUAGCUGCUGCUGUUAAAAAUGAGGUGAAUGUCCCCUGUCUGAGGAACUUUGUUGAAAGCCUGUAUGAUACAACCCUUGAACUUUCCUCACGAAAGAAGCACUCAUUGGCUUUGUACCCUUUGGUAACGUGCCUGCUUUGUGUCAGUCAGAAGCAGUUCUUUUUAAACAGAUGGCAUAUUUUCCUCAACAACUGCCUGUCCAAUCUCAAGAAUAAGGACCCAAAAAUGGCUCGAGUUGCACUGGAAUCUCUGUACAGACUACUGUGGGUUUACAUGAUCAGAAUUAAAUGUGAAAGCAACACAGCUACCCAAAGUCGGCUUAUUACUAUUGUCACAACACUUUUCCCAAAAGGGUCCCGUGGUGUUGUACCAAGAGAUAUGCCUCUAAACAUCUUUGUGAAGAUAAUACAGUUUAUUGCACAGGAACGUUUAGAUUUUGCAAUGAAAGAAAUUAUCUUUGACUUCCUUUGUGUUGGAAAACCAGCAAAAGCUUUCAGUCUGAACCCUGAGAGAAUGAAUAUUGGUCUGAGAGCUUUCUUGGUAAUUGCUGAUAGCUUGCAGCAAAAAGAUGGUGAACCUCCAAUGCCAGUGACUGGAGCUGUCCUUCCCUCUGGAAACACUCUCAGAGUGAAGAAAACGUAUUUGAGCAAAACUCUUACAGAGGAGGAAGCUAAAAUGAUAGGUAUGUCAUUAUAUUAUUCUCAAGUAAGAAAAGCCGUGGACAACAUACUCAGACACCUUGACAAGGAAGUGGGUCGGUGCAUGAUGCUAACCAACAUACAGAUGCUUAACAAAGAACCUGAAGAUAUGAUUACUGGUGAAAGAAAACCAAAAAUUGAUCUCUUCAGAACAUGUGUUGCUGCUAUUCCUCGACUGCUUCCUGAUGGAAUGUCAAAACUUGAGUUGAUUGACUUGCUGGCAAGGCUGUCUAUCCAUAUGGAUGAUGAGCUUCGACACAUUGCACAGAAUUCUCUUCAAGGUCUACUUGUUGACUUUGUUGACUGGCGAGAGGAUGUACUCUUUGGUUUUAUUAAUUUUCUACUACGUGAAGUGAAUGAUAUGCAUCAUACCCUUCUUGAUACUUCUCUGAAGUUGCUGCUACAGUUGCUUACACAAUGGAAGCUUGUAAUACACACUCCAGGAAAAGCUUCUGAACAGGCCAAAACCAGAUCUGCAGAGUUGAUACCAAAUGGAUCCAGCCACAGGAUACAGUCUGAAAGAAGCCCCUAUUCUAAUGUACUACAUGCAGUUGAAGGAUUUGCACUGGUCCUGCUGUGUAGUUUCCAGGUUGCUACACGUAAACUAGCUGUUUUAAUCCUCAGAGAGAUCCGUGCUUUAUUCCUGGCCCUUGGCCAAGCAGAGGAUGAUGACAGGCCUAUGAUUGAUGUCAUGGAUCAGUUGAGUUCUUCUAUUCUUGAAAGUUUUAUUCAUGUGGCUGUUUCAGAUUCAACAACAAUCCCAUUAACACACAGUGUGGAUUUGCAGUGUCUGGUGGAGUGGAAUGCUGUCCUAGUAAAUAGCCAUUAUGAUGUGAAAAGUCCUUCCCAUGUCUGGAUAUUUGCACAGUCCGUUAAAGACCCUUGGGUUCUCUGCCUCUUCAGUUUUCUUAGGCAGGAGAAUUUACCAAAACAUUGUCCUACGGCUCUUAGCUAUGCUUGGCCAUACGCUUUCACAAGACUACAGCUGAUAAUGCCUCUUGUGGAUCCAAAUAUUCCUGUUAAUGCAAAGAAAACAAGUACAGCAAGCAGCGGAGACAACUAUGUUACUUUGUGGAGAAACUAUCUUAUUCUCUGUUUUGGAGUAGCAAAGCCCAGUAUUAUGAGUCCAGGACACUUGCGUGCUUCAACACCAGAGAUCAUGGCUACCACUCCUGAUGGAACAGUGAACUAUGAUAAUAAGGCUAUUGGAACUCCAUCUGUUGGAGUCUUACUAAAGCAGCUAGUGCCUUUGAUGAGACUUGAAAGCAUAGAAAUAACAGAAUCACUUGUAUUAGGAUUUGGAAGAACAAAUUCCCUUGUUUUCAGGGAAUUAGUAGAAGAACUUCACCCACUAAUGAAAGAAGCCCUAGAAAGAAGACCAGAGAACAAGAAACGUCGAGAACGCCGAGAUCUACUAAGACUACAGUUACUACGAAUUUUUGAACUACUUGCUGAUGCUGGUGUUAUAAGUGACAGUACAAAUGGAGCCUUAGAAAGAGAUACAUUAGCCCUUGGAGCCUUGUUCUUAGAGUAUGUUGAUCUGACUCGCAUGCUUCUGGAGGCUGAAAAUGAUAAAGAAGUCGAAAUCCUUAAGGAUAUGAGAGCACAUUUCAGUGCAAUGAUUGCCAACUUGAUUCAGUGUGUUCCAGUUCACCACAGGAGAUUUCUCUUCCCUCAGCAGAGCUUGAGGCAUCACCUGUUCAUCUUAUUCAGCCAGUGGGCAGGACCUUUCAGUAUUAUGUUCACACCGCUAGACCGUUACAGUGAUAGAAAUCAUCAGAUUACAAGAUACCAGUAUUGUGCAUUAAAGGCCAUGUCAGCUGUCCUCUGCUGUGGACCUGUGUUUGAUAAUGUUGGUCUUUCCCCUGAUGGAUAUCUUUACAAAUGGCUUGAUAACAUUCUGGCUUGUCAAGAUUUACGUGUUCAUCAGCUUGGCUGUGAAGUUGUAGUCCUCUUGCUAGAGCUGAAUCCUGAUCAAAUCAAUCUCUUCAACUGGGCUAUAGAUCGAUGUUAUACUGGAUCAUACCAGCUUGCCUCUGGAUGUUUCAAAGCCAUUGCAACUGUGUGUGGAAGCAGGAACUAUCCUUUUGAUAUAGUGACGCUUUUAAACUUGGUGCUGUUCAAGGCAUCUGACACCAACAGAGAGAUUUAUGAAAUUUCCAUGCAACUUAUGCAGAUCCUUGAAUCAAAGCUUUUUGUUUAUUCAAAAAAGGUAGCUGAGCAGCGACCAGGCAGUAUCUUAUAUGGUACACAUGGUCCAUUGCCACCUCUUUACAGUGUCUCACUUGCCCUUCUUUCAUAUGAACUGGCAAGGAUGUAUCCUGAACUUACCCUUCCGCUAUUUUCAGAGGUAAGUCAGCGAUUUCCAACAACACAUCCAAAUGGAAGACAGAUCAUGCUUACCUAUCUGCUGCCAUGGCUUCAUAAUAUUGAACUUGUAGACAACAGACUGCUCCUCCCUGGCUCAAGCCCUACCACUCCAGAAGAUGAACUGAAGGACAAGGAUGGGGAAAUAACAGUCACAAGUGGACUAAAAGGCAAUGGCUGGGGCUCUCCUGAGGCCACCUCACUGGUUCUUAAUAAUCUCAUGUAUAUGACAGCCAAGUAUGGAGAUGAAAUUCCCGGACCAGAGAUGGAAAAUGUCUGGAAUGCUUUGGCCAACAAUGAAAAAUGGAGUAACAACCUUAGGAUAACACUGCAGUUUCUCAUUAGUUUGUGUGGUGUUAGCAGUGAUACUAUCCUUUUACCUUAUAUAAAGAAGGUUGCAAUAUAUCUAUGUCGCAAUAACACUAUUCAGACAAUGGAAGAGCUUCUUUUUGAGUUGCAGCAAACUGACCCAGUGAACCCAAUAGUCCAGCAUUGUGAUAAUCCUCCAUUUUACCGUUUUGCUGCCAGUAACAAAGCCUCUGCUGCAGCUUCAGGAACCACCUCUAGCAGUAACACUGUUGUAGCUGGCCAAGAUAGUUUUCCAGAUGUAGAGGAGAACAGAAUGGUGAAAGAGACUGAUGAAAGGUUCGGUAAUGUAAUCAGAGCACAUACCCGGCUAGAAUCAAGGUACAGUAAUAGCUCUGGAGGAUCUUAUGAUGAUGACAAAAAUGAUCCUAUUUCUCCAUAUACAAGCUGGUUAUUGAAUAUUGUUGAAACCAAACAACCACAUCCUCUGCCCAUGCCUUACAAUGGAGGAUGUUGGGCACCACUUGUGGACUACCUCCCAGAAACCAUCACACCCCGAGGACCCCUUCAUAGGUGCAAUAUUGCUGUCAUCUUCAUGACUGAGAUGGUAGUGGAUCACAGUGUGAGGGAAGAUUGGGCUCUUCACCUCCCUUUAUUGCUACAUGCUCUCUUUUUAG